CGGCCAUAUCAGCUUAACGGCGCCGUCUCGGAUUCUCGUCCCGUUAACGGGGAAGCGUAACCCACCCCCUUAAAAAAACCAAAACCCCGCCGUCAAACCGGAUCUGAUCACCUUCCAGUCCACUCUUCUUUUCUCCGGUCUCCAUUUCCGCCAAGAGAUAUAGACACAGAGAGAUAAGAGGAAGUGCCAAGGGAUUGAAGUGGCGGUGAUGGAGGUGACGCAGGUGGUGGGGGUGAGGACGAGGGCGCGAACCUUGGCCCUCGCCGCGGCGACGGCGGCGGGGAGGGGCGGGAGCUCGAAGAGGAGGAAGGCGGUGGGGGGGUCGGGGGAGAUCCAGAUCUCGUACCUCCAGCUUCGGAGCCGGAGCCUUGUCAUGAAGCCUCGGAUCAUGAGAUCCACAGUGAAUUCCGGUGGCCGGCGGUGCCCCAGCCCCGACCUAGGCCGGAUCUCCCGCUGCUCCAGCAACGCCUCCUGCGAGGCCUCGCCGGAGGAGCGGCCCUCGCGGUCUGCUGACUCGGAGGUCGGCGAGGUUCUGGACACCGCCGCGCGUCUCUCCAACUGCAGCAGUGGGAGGAGACAGACGACGCCGUCGAGUAGCGGGGUAGACGAAUGGAGCGAUCUGGAAUCGACGGCGGAGAGGACGUCGAGGAGGCGAUCGAGGGCGGAGAUGAUGCCGUUGGAGGCGGAGAUCGAGGAGUUUUUCGCGGCGGCGGAGAGAGACGAGUGGCAGCGGUUCGCAGCCAAGUAUAACUACGACGUCGUCAACGACGUGCCGUUGGAGGGCCGGUACGAGUGGCUCCCAUUAAUUCCAUGAAGGAAAAAAAAAAUCAGAAGGAAAAAGAAAAAGGAGAAAAACGAAAUAGUAAAUUUCGUUUCCUUUUUUGUCUAAUUUUCAAAAGUAAUGUACAGUUCUCGUAGCUGCCGCCCUCCGCCCUCAAGAAAGAAGGCCCAAAGGGCUCCGGACAAUAUUUUCCGGAGAAGCUUCUGAACUGAAAACCAGCCCCUUCUCCCUUCUUUCUUGUUUUCUUCUUUAAUAAAAUGCUUUUCUCUAAAA